UUAUAUUAAAAAAAAAAUGAAGUUUCUUUCAAUUACUAUUACAUUACCUCUUCUCUUAUUGAUAUCUGACACUUUACAAUUUGAUGUUUAUGAAAACUGUCGUAAUCAGUUUAAUCCAACUUCAGGUUUAUGUAAAAAGUUUAACUUUAUAACAAGCAAAGAGGCUCUAAAGAAAGGCUGUAUAGUUUCAACAAACGGAACAACAUUUUAUGAUCAAAGUGAUUUACCUGAGGUUAAGAGUUUAGAUUCAAGACUGAUUAAAAUGGCUAGUAUGAUUACUAAUGUCUUUGAAGAUGGAGAUACCAACUUUGCAUAUGCUUAUUGUGAGGAUAUAAAGGAUUCUAGAGGAUUUACAAGUGGCUAUGCUGGGUUUACUACUGGUACAGGAGAUGCUGAAACGUUGAUUCAAGCGUAUACUAAGGAUCAUCCAAAUAAUAAACUUGAACACUUCUUACCCAGACUUCAUGAAAUUAGUCAAUUGUCUUAUUGCGAUAGAACAAAUCGUGGAUCUACAAAGGGUAUAGAAGGUUAUUGUGCUGCUUGGAAAUCAGAAGCUUGUAAUAAAAAUGGAGAAUUUGCUAAAAUUCAACGUCAAUGGGUUUAUGAAAAUUACAUGUUACCUAGUGCUCGUUAUGCAGCACAAAAUGGUAUUCAGUCUGCUCUUGGAAAAGCUAUAUUUUAUGAUACUAUCAUUCAACAUGGAUUUCAAUAUGUUGAACCAGAUAUUAAUAUUGUACGCAUAUUAGUUUUAACAGGUGCUAGAAAGAAGAAUGAAAGUGAACAAGAUUAUUUAACACGAUUCUUGACAACGCGUCGUGAAUUACAAUGUUGUUAUCCUGAUAAUGUAUGGCCAGCUAGUGCUUCUCGUAGCGCAGAUCUUCAAACUUUAGUAAAUCAGUUUGAUAAAAACAAAGACUUGACUGGUUCUAUUGAACUUGUUAAAUUUGGUAAACGUAUUCAUGGCAAUGAAGAUAUCAAUACAGACUCAAAGCACUGUAAAUAAUAAAGAUUCAUCUUCCUUCUUUGAAGAUAUAAUAUAAAUAUUGAAAUAUGUAUUUUCUAUGUUUAAAUCGUUAUCAACUAUUCUCUAAAGCGCACACAUAUACACACACACACCUACACACAUACACUUACACACACACACAUUGUUGAGCAAAAGAAUCAUAUUGUAGUCUUAAUAUAUUGAAUGUCCUAAUUUUAAAAUUAACAUUGUGGAGAUGCUUAUUCAUCCAUUUUAAAUAUUCCUAUUUUUUUU